AUGAGUGGGUACGAUCGAGCAUUGAGUAUUUUCUCACCCGAUGGACAUAUCUUCCAAGUUGAAUACGCCGCUGAGGCAGUUAAAAGAGGUACGUGUGCCGUGGGGAUCAAGGGCCGCGAUUGUGUGGUAUUAGGUUGUGAAAGAAGAUCUACAUUGAAAUUGCAAGACCCCAGGAUUACGCCGUCCAAGAUCUCCACAAUUGACUCGCAUGUGGUGCUGUCGUUCUCGGGAUUGAACGCAGAUUCAAGAAUUUUAAUUGAAAAGGCCCGUGUAGAGGCCCAAAGUCACCGUUUGACCCUUGAGGACCCCGUUACAGUCGAAUACCUGACCCGUUACGUUGCCGGAGUACAACAAAGGUAUACCCAAUCGGGUGGUGUGCGGCCGUUUGGUGUAGCCACGCUAAUCGCAGGUUUUGACCCUCAGGAUGACACUCCAAGACUUUACCAAACGGAACCCAGUGGAAUAUACUCGGCUUGGACCGCACAGACUAUCGGUAGAAACUCCAAGACCGUUCGUGAGUUCCUUGAAAAGAAUUACAACCGUGAUGAACCUCCAGCAACUGCCGAAGAGUGCGUGAAACUGACGGUGCGGUCACUACUAGAAGUCGUCCAAACAGGAGCCAAGAACAUCGAGAUCACACUUGUCAAACCAGGUGCCCAGAUCGUCACUUUGACCGCAGAAGAGAUCGGCAAGUACGUCGAGGACAUCGAACGUGAGAAACAGCUCCAGCAGGAAGAGCACGAUAAGCGUAAGAAGCCCACCAACGAUUAG